AGUGCUAUUUUGUAAAUAUUUUCGGGUGGGUACUAUUUUUGUAAUUUCUUUUAAAAUGUGCUAUUUCUGGAAAAAUCCCAAACAUAAACUAUUUUAGUAAAUCUUCUCAUUUGCCCAUUUAAAUUCAUAUUAAAAAAAACUCAUAUUUUCCGAAUAAUAGAAAAGUGCGAAAAAUUAUCGCAAUUCGAGACAAGAGCCCUACUGCCGCCCAAAAGUUGCCCAAUCCUGGGCGCGGAACAGUGCCUACGUACGAUCACGCGGCGACCGACUGUUGAGUUCUCGCACCCACUCCUCCAUCCAGUAUCGUCUCUAAUCUAGUAAUCUCUUUACCAUUUCAAAUCUUAAGAGCUUUCUCCUUCGUAAAUCGUCUAGCUUGAACUCUUCCCCUCUCUUCUCUUCCGGUCUUCCCUUCCCAAUUAGGUUGAGGCAGAGGAUGGAAGUUGCGGAGGAGAGAAGGAAGCGGGCCAAGGAGGAUACCGAGAAAUUCACAUGGACGAUUCCGCAUUUCUCAAAGCUGAACGUAAACAAUCUCGAUUCUGAUAUCUUUGCGGCCGGGGGCCGUAAAUGGAGGAUUGUUUUAUAUCCAAAGGCUGGUGGUGGCCGUUUUAUCUCCGCAUAUUUGCGCUUGGUUUCCUCGCCGCCGCAAGCAGGUUGCGCUCCGCCGAUUCAAUGCACACUGUUCCGUCUGACCCUUGUCGAUCAGAUCAACUGCCACUCCUUAACAAAGGUGGCAGAACAUGAAUUCGUAGCUGGCAACCUGCACUCUGGAUUCUGGCCUUUCGUUCUGCAUAGCCAGCUUUACAAUCCGUGUAAAGGAUUCCUAGUGAAUGAUACGGUCAUAUUUGAAGCUGAAGUGUCUAAGAAAGGAGCAUCUUUGCCAGGUGUUGCAAGACAUUGUGGUUCGGCCCAAAGAACUGUAGCUGACCAGCCAGCUGUUGCUGCUAAUUCACCUGCUGAACCGGAGGUGCAAUUAGUUUCAAGAAACUUGAUGGCAGAACUCGCAUCUGUGGCGAGCCGUAUGAAAUCUACGGCAGCUGAUGAAAUUGCUAACUCAAGCUCGUGCAGUGGAUCUAGCCUACUGCGGAAGCAGAAAGAAGAGUUGUUUAGGUUCUUAAACAAGUCGCUUGAGGACAUACACAAGUCCAAUUCAUCCAACAAUGUUGAGGAAAUAGCCUUGAGGAUUGCUGAUGAGACAACUGACCCGAUUGAGCAGAUGAUUCUCGAGGAUUUGGUGUCUGAGUUUAAAAAGAGCUUCUUCUACAUUCAAAACGUACACGAUGCUGAAACUUUUAUGGUUCAUGCCAAGCAUGUGGAAGCAAGGCUGAUCCAUAGAGGGAAGCAGCUAAGCUGUCUGGAGGCUGAAGUUUCGAGACUUGGGGAAGAAGAGAUGGAGUUGGAUGCCAAAAUUCAGCAGUUGCUUGCGUGUAAAGCUAAAAUUCGUGAUGAUAAGAGUUCAACAAUUGCUGAAAUGGAGAAGUUGAAUCUCACAGCUUCCAGGGAAUUGAAAGAAUUGAAGCAGCAAAGCAAGCGAGCUUCUGAGAAUCGUUCCGCCCUAGCUCAAUUCAAUGCGUGGUGGAAAAUUUUGAAGGAGAACUUGGGAUCGAGGUCAGGCUGAUAAGCUGCAAGACAGAACUAGCUCGAGUUGAGUCUUAUGGGUGUUUAAAUGGAAUGGUUAGCCUGUAAUCAUUUUAACCGGUUGUAUUCGGAUGAUUUGAUUUUGUUAAUUUUUGUAAUUGUUUUCACUUGGUUAAAUUUUUUAGGACUAAUACCAUUGGAAAUACCAUCAUUUAGCAAAAGUGUCAUUUGUAUUACACAACUUUCGAUAUAUGACAAUUGUAUAUCAGAGGUUAGUUUUCUGUUAGGAGUUAACAGAGUCAUCGAUGACGUGGUUGCUAAUGUGAAAAAUUUUGAUAAUAUUUUUUGUCAAAGCAAAAUAAAAAAAAAUGGAAAAA